AUGACCUCCAGCUUCUCCCUCAAAGACCGCACCGCUCUCAUUACCGGCGGCGCACGUGGCUGCGGCCUCUCCUUCGCCGAAGGUCUCGCCGAAGCCGGUGCCGACAUUGCAAUCUUCGAUAUCAUCCCGCCCUUACCGUCCUUCCACACAAUUGCCGCCACGUACAACGUCCGCACCGCAUACUACUUCGUCGAUGUCUCGUCCCCCGCCUCACUACAAGCGGGCUUCGACCAGUUCGUGAAGGACUUUGAAGGCCGCCUUGACAUCUGCGUGCCGACCGCGGGGAUCAACAAGAAUGUGAGCUUCCUGGAGACUAGCUAUGAGGAGCACCAGAAGCUGCUGGGCGUGAAUGUGCUGGGUGUGUAUCACACUGCGCAGCUGGCUGCGGGGCAGAUGGUGAAGAAUGGGACGAAGGUGGGGUCAAUUAUUGUCGUCGCGAGUAUUGCGAGUUAUAUGGCGAUUAGGUCCCAGAAUUCGAGUGCGUACUGCGGGACGAAGGGCGCAGUGAGGGCGAUGGUGCCGCCGAUUGCGGCAGAGUUGGUGGAAUAUGGGAUACGGGUCAACAGUAUAUCGCCAGGGUAUGUGCGCACCGAGAUGACGGCACCUUUCCCGCAUCUGUUGGAGAGCUGGAAGGGCGAGAUUAUGAACGGGAGGGUGGCGGAGCCUGAGGAUAUUAGGGGCGCCUGUAUAUUUUUGGCCAGUGAUGCGAGUAAGUAUAUGACCGGACAGGAUCUGUGUAUUGAUGGCGGGGUUACGAAGUGGUAA